UUAAUAAUUAUUUGUUAUUUUUAACAAAGAAAGAUAUUUAUUUUUUAGUUUUUGUAGAGUUCUAACAAAUUUAUAAAUGUUUGGAUAAUUUUUCUUAAAUAAAGUGUAUAAUUAGCAAGCUGCUAAAUAGAGCUAAUUAAGAUUUAGGACUAAAAUGCUUAUUUCGAUAUUUUUUGGAGGUUUAGUUGGUAUGAAAUAUGGAUACGAAACAUCUUAAAGGGAAAACUUAGAAAAAUAUUUAACUGAAUAUUAAGGAGAAGAUUGGUUAGCAUACAAAGUUAAAAAUAUGAAAAAACCUAUAUUUAUUGUUUAUUUUACACCUGCAGAUAAAAAAUUUAUCUAUUUUAGAAGAUUCUUUUUAGAAGCAGCCUAAAAUUAUAAUGAAUAAUGCGACUUUGUGCUUGUAAAUUGUGCUAAGUACUAUCACUAAGUUAAGAAUAUAGAUAUUAGUAAAUAUCCAAAGAUUGAACUAAUUAAUACCAAAAGAGAAGUAGUAAUCCCUGAAAAUCAAUAAACUGAAUUUAGAAAUCCAAUAGUUACAUACACUAAAGAUUAUUCAUUUUAUGGGAUUAAAUGCUUUUUAGAAUAAAAUGGUGUUAUUGAUUAUAGAACUCCUCAAGAAGGAUUAAUACAUUUGUAUUCAGAUGUACUUUCUUUAAUGCUCGUUUGAUUUGAAUUUUAUAUUAAUAAUUUAUUUUUUAAAAUUAAUAACUUAUUUUAAGUUAUUAAAGGUUUUUGUUUAUGUUUAAGUUAGAAAUAUUAUUUUAUUUAAAAUAUAAAAUAAAAGUAUCUCAUUAAUAACU